AUGGACGAUACCAACAUGAGCGACUCCAACAUGUGCAACUCCAUCACGAGCAAUCCCAAAGAACACAUCUUCUACUUCGUCUUCCGUCUUCGCCCCGGCAUCGAGGAAUGCACCCCCAUCAUGCUAUUGAACUGUCUCAAGUGUCUCCGAGCCCACGAGGACGUAAGGGUGUUCACCUCCACAGAAGAAUGGGAUCGUCACGGCGAGGAUGCCCGUGACGGCGAGGUCGCGCUGGAGGUUGUGACAGAGCAUGGUGACAUUGAAGGUGCAUCUGCGCUGGCUGAGUUGCACAUCGAAGGGCUCCUUCGGGAUUGGCCUGACGCUGGCGACCCCCGCCCGUCCGGGUUCUACAUGGCGGUUUAUUCCCGUGAGCGUGUUUCGGAUGCCGAGAGUAAUGUUGAGGAGCAUGUCGAUAAAGUCGAUGCUGACCUUGAGGCUUGCACGCAGAGCCUCCGGCUUGCCGAGAUUGGGACCUUUAGAGAAGACUUGGAUUCUGCAAUGGCGGCGUUGGAUGAGUGGCAUAUGCGCGAGAAAUAA